AUGCAAUAUGUACAGAAAUAUUUGGAUAAACUUCAGAUUCCUAAAAUAAAUAAUAGUGCAAUAAGUAAUGGCUAUAAAAAUAAAACAAUAUUUUUUUUAUACUGUAAUUAUUAUAGCUUUUAUUCACAAAAGGUAUUGAUGGCGCUCUAUGAAAAGAAUAUAGAAUUCGAGCCACUUGUAAUAGAUAUUACUAAAGGAGAACAAUAUUCACCGUGGUUUCUCGAAAUUAAUCCUCGGGGCGAAAUUCCAGUACUUAAAGUUAAUGAUACAGUUAUACCAGAUUCUACAAGAAUCCUAGACUAUCUUGAGCUUUACUUAGAUCAAGAGACUACACCACUCCUGGAAGUAUCAGAAGAUAGCAAACUUUGUGGAAGCCCUAAACUACCCUUUAUUUUACCUAUCAGAGAAGUUUUAAAAAGUGGAGAUUUGAGUAGCUCAAAAAAUUUACGAAAGCUAGCUGAACAAAAUCCUAAUGCAGAAAGAGUAUUGUUAUAUAAAGCUGAGAUCCAAGACAGGAAACAUGAAAUUCUUACCAAUGAAGAAGAAUACUUGAAAGUAUUGAAUAUUGUAGAUGAGGUGCUAGAAAAAGUUGAGAUACAACUUAAAGAACAAAAUGAAGAUAAUUGGCUUUGCAGUGAGAAAUUUAGUAUAGCAGAUAUUAAUUUAGCUGUUCUCCUUCAACGUUUAUGGGAGCUUGGUUUAGAAGACAGGUUCUGGACUGGAGGCAAGCGUCCUUACAUAGAUCACUAUUUUUCACGUGUAAAACAGCGUGAAUCUUUUAAAAAGACAAUACCAAACUUACCAGUACAUUUAAAAAUGAUUAUAACAACACAACCUCCUGCUUAUGUUGGAGCCGCAGGUGCUGUAUCUAUUGGUGUAGUUUUGGUUAUUGCAUAUGUCUUCAAAAAACUUAUUUUU